AUGUAUGGAAUAUCGGUUGUAGGGGAAGGGGGCCCAAAGCGGGUACAUGGUCCAAAGCAGAUGGUUCAGAAAUACAAAAGAAAAACUCAACAGGCAUCGUGGGAUGUUACAACCAUGAAGCUAGCAAUGGAAGAGGCAGGAAAAACAUCAGUCAGGAAUGCUGCUAAAAGAUAUGGUAUUAAUUUGUCAACUCUACAAAGACAUAUUAAAAAAGGUUCUGCUGAAAAAAGUCUUGGCCGAUUUCGUUGCGUUUUUACAGAAGAACAAGAAAUAGAAUUAAUUGAAUAUUUAUUUCACAUGGACAACUUGUUUUAUGGCCUGAACAAACAAGAAUUUUGCCGUCUGGCUUUCGAGUAUGCAACAACCAAUAAUAUACCUCAUCCAUUCAAACAAAAUACUGCAGGAGAUGAUUGGUACAAAAGUUUUAGAAUCAGACAUCCUGAAGUUACAUUGAGACAACCCGAACCGACCUCAGUAGCUCGUGCCCGAGGAUUUAUUAGGCCACAGGUGGAAAGAUUCUUCAAUCUCCUAGAAGAGCAGAUUGACAAACACAAAGUAGAUGCUACGAGAAUUUAUAAUGUUGACGAAACGGGCAUCCAAACAACCAGCAACAAGCCUCCAAAAGUUCUCUCAAAAACAGGCAAAAAGCAAGUAGGAGUCAUAUCUAGUGUCGAAAGAGGAAAAUUGACAACAAUCGUAUGCUGUUGCAAUGCAGCUGGCGGUUUUAUACCACCGUUUAUGAUAUUUGGACGAAAACGCAUGCAGGAACGACUGUUGGAUGGAUCACCACCAGAUACUGAGGCCGUUUGUACUGAUAAUGGAUGGAUUUCUGGUCCAACUUUCUUGGAUUGGCUGCGACAUUUCGUGGCAAUGACAAGACCAACUCAAGAAAAGAAAGUUAUUCUUAUAUUGGACAAUCAUUCCUCACACAAAUAUUUGCCAGCUCUGGAUUAUGCUUCAAAAAACCACGUGAUAGUUUACUGCUAA